AUGGCUCCAACUCUUACCUCCAAUUCAUUUCUCCUGAACACCGCACCUCAUUCGAGACUCUCUCUCAAGAAUCCAGGACUCACUGUCUCUGCCAAAAAAGCUGGACUAUUUCAGUUUGGCAAACCAAAAGAUGAUGGUUCGCCAUCGGAAGGAAGUCAAACUGAUGGCUCGGGCAAUUCAAGUCCCUUUAAUUUCAACUUUGGCAAGGCACCAGACUUCAAGUCUUUGGUACCUGUUGUGAGCAAGCCUGCUUCCGGGUUGCCAUUUGCGAACUUCAGAAGGAAGGACCCUGGUACAGUUUUUGUUGCUGGUGCUACAGGGCAGGCUGGCAUUCGUAUUGCUCAGGCACUACUGCGCGAAGGUUUUAGUGUAAGAGCUGGGGUUCCUCAGCUUGCAGCUGCUCAGGAGUUGGCUCGUCUUGCCGCGCAGUACAAGUGGUCUUCUGUCUAUCCUGGGAUAAGUUCUGUUAGCAAGUCUGUAGUAAAAAUGAGUAAGGACAUUGCUGGAUUGGAAGCUAAGUUCGCAGAGGCAACGUCUAUCAUAUCAAAUGAAGAAUCAAAGCGCCUCAAUGCUGUUGAAUCCACCUUCCAAGAUGCAGAAUCAAUUGCCAAAGCAAUUGGCAAUGCAAGCAAAGUCGUGGUUACAAUUGGUCCAAAAGAGAAUGGUCCCACCUCUGUGGUCUCCACAUUGGAUGCCUUGCAAGUAAUCGAAGCUGCUCAGCUAGCAGAAGUCGGCCACGUUGCAAUAAUCUAUGAUGGGAACCCAGCGAGUGUAUCGACUUAUAAUGUGCUAGAUGGAUUCAAAUCAUUCUUUAACAAUCUGUUCUCACAAUCUCAGCUAUCUGUGGUUGAGUUCUUGCAGAAAGUGAUCGAAACAAAUGUUAGCUACACUUUUAUAAAGACAAGUUUGACUGAAGAUUUUUCACCAGAGAGUUCUUAUAAUGUAGUUGUGUCAGCUGAAGGAAGCACCGGUACAAACGACUUCAAAGUAGCCAAGUCCCAGAUAGCCUUGGUGGUGGCAAAUGUUUUCUCAAAUACAUCCGUGGCAGAAAAUAAGGUUGUGGAAGUUUUUACUAAUCCAUCGGCACCAUCAAAGCCUGUGGAGGAGCUUUUCAGUGCCAUUCCUGAAGAUGAAAGAAGAAAAGUUUAUGCAGAAACUCUUGCAAAGGCAAAAGCCGAGGAAGAGGCCGAGAAAGCAUUUGACGCAGCCGAGGCAGCCAAAAAGCUGGAAAAGGAAGUAAAAAUGCGUUCAGAGCAAGAAGCUAAAGCUUCUAGUAUAGCUGAAGAAGCCCAGGAGAAGGUUGAGGUUGCAGGGGAAUCAGUGGAAAACUUCUUGAGUAAAGCAAAAGAAUUUGGUUCAGGGUUUUCCUGGGAAAAAUUCAGCUCCCAGAUUUCAACUACGGUUCAAACGACUGGUGAAAAACCAAAAGUGCAGAUUGCUACUGUUAGGGGACAAGCCAAGGCUCGUUCUUUGCCGGUCCAGAAAGCUGUAGUUAAACGGCCUGCACCUAAACCUCGUGCUUCGAAACCAAAAGAGGAGCCAAAGCCGAAGGCUAAAGAGACAGAGUCAAAGAAAGAAGUGCGAAAGCUCUUUGGUGGCCUUUUCCAGCAAGAAACCAUAUACGUCGAUGAUGAUUGA